CUUGAAGAUUAAUGCUGUAUACUCGAGUGUUUGUGACAUGCUUGUGCUAAUAAUGUGGGUGUUUUGAUUAAAUAAUUGAUUAAAAACUAUUUGACAUGGAGAAUUUCGUCUUCAUUGAGGAUCCACACAAUAUUGGAGGAACCUUCUGUGUGGUAUCGAAGAGGUUUCGAAAAAACUAUAUCCAUCGAUUCACCGCUACGAGUUCUUUCUUCUACUUUAGUCCGUUUAAUCCCAUCAGAAAAACGUGUAUAUAUCUCUGCACCAAUCAGUACUUCGAUUAUUUGGUUAUGGCUACAAUUUUGCUCAACUGCGUCUUCCUUGCCAUGGCCGAAACAAUUGAAGAAGCCGAGUAUAUUUUUUUAGCAAUUUAUACCCUCGAAAUGAUAAUAAAAGCUAUCGCAAAAGGUUUUAUAUUAAACAAAUACACAUAUCUGAGAAAUCCGUGGAAUUGGCUGGAUUUCAUCGUAAUUACCAGCGGAUAUGCUACAAUCGGCAUGGAGGUGGGGAACCUUGCUGGGCUCAGAACAUUUCGAGUUCUCAGGGCCUUGAAAACAAUAUCAAUCUUACCGGGCCUCAAAACCAUCAUCAAUGCGCUCUUGCACUCUUUCAAGCAGUUAGCGGAGGUCAUGACCCUCACGAUCUUUUGUUUGAUGGUAUUUGCACUAUUUGCCUUGCAAGUGUAUAAGGGAGAGCUCCGCAACAAAUGUGUGCUCAAAAUGGAUGAUCACAACGCUUCCUACGAAGUCUGGUUCAACUGGACACAAGACCCUUCGAAUUGGCUGCUGCGCAAUUCGACAGGAGAACCGUAUCUUUGCGGCAACGUCACCGGAUCUCGGCACUGUCCUCCGACGCACACAUGCCUUUGCACUGGCGGAAAUCCGAACCACGGUUACACUAGCUUCGACAAUUUCCUGUGGUCGAUGCUAACAACGUUUCAGCUCAUUACCCUCGACUACUGGGAAAACGUUUACAAUAUGGUGUUAUCAGCUUGUGGACCGAUCAGUGUUUCAUUUUUUACAGUUGUAGUGUUUUUCGGAUCAUUCUACCUUAUCAAUCUAAUGUUGGCUGUGGUAGCUCUUAGUUACGAGGAAGAAGCAGAAAUAACGCAAGAGGAGCGAAAAAAAGAACUUGUAGACCAUCGUGAGGACUCAACGUUCAGUUUCGAUCCCUCGACGUUAAAUGUCAAGAAGUUGUCGAAGCAAAAAAUCAAGAAAAUCGACGCUAGAAAGGGCGUAUUGUUAUCGUCUUACACAAGAAAAAAGACGAGACGUAGAAAAAGGAAUAGGAGUUCGACGAACACCACCAAAACAGGCGCAACAGAAAACAACGGCAAUAAACAAGAGACCAAAGACUCUAAUUUUAAGUUGUCUCCAAAGAAAAGCAGUCGAAGAUCUGUUACACCAAGCCGUAGUCCUAGUCCGAGACAUAGUCAGCAUAGUCAACAGAGUCAAGAGUCACCUAGACCUCAAGCGUUGCCUAUACCACAUCCUCUUCCAAAACACGUACAACUCAAUGAUCCUAAACGAUCAGAUACGCUACAUCCACAUAACACAUUGGGUCCAAAUCCUAACAGAUUAGGUCUACAAAGUAGACAGGCAAGUAGUAAUAGUGGAGAAGGUAAUAAUAGGGAAUCUUCGUUAGACGAUUCUGGAGUUGUCGAUGACCAUGAGCCUGAGGGUGAUGCUACAUCGGAAGAGGUUACUUCCCAUUUAACACCUAGUAGUAGGAGAAUCGAGGUGACACCUGUUACUGUUGCUGUAAGCCCCAAAGAAAUAAAGGUCAUCAAAUGCAACGGGGUUGGGAGCUGUAAGAAAAAAGAAAUGUAUACCCUUCAGCCUGAUUACCUAUCACAUAUCGUUGUUAUUAAUCAACAAAUACCAGACAGGAACUGCUCUGGAUGCGAGUCGUGUUGUAUGGACUACGAAGGAUGGUUGCAGUUCCAACAAGGAUUAUAUCAGAUCGUCAAGGAUCCUUUGUUUGAACUUGCCAUAACAGUCUGCAUUGUCCUAAAUACGAUGUUUCUCGCUAUGGAACAUCAUGGGAUGAGCGAAUCGGUACUGAAAGCACUAGAUAUAGGCAAUAAGGUUUUUACUUCCAUAUUCACCUUCGAGUGUUGCCUCAAGAUAAUGGCGUUAAGUAAGGACUUUUUUCACUGUGGCUGGAAUAUUUUUGAUCUUAUCAUCGUAUCUGCUAGUCUGCUUGAUCUUAUAUUCGAAUUAGUUGAUGGGCUUUCGGUUCUUAGAGGUCUUCGUUUGUUGCGGGUGUUAAAAUUAGCACAGUCUUGGAUAACUAUGAAAGUGCUUCUAAGUAUAAUUAUAAGUACUAUAGGAGCUUUAGGAAACUUGACUCUAGUUUUAGCCAUCGUAAUUUACAUAUUCGCCGUCAUCGGAAUGCAGCUAUUUGCCAAAGACUACACAGAGGAGAAGUUUUUUCCCGACCCCGUUCCAAGGUGGAACUUCACUGACUUUUUUCAUUCGUUUAUGAUGAUUUUUCGCAUCCUUUGUGGAGAAUGGAUCGAACCUUUGUGGGACUGUAUGAGAGCAGAACGAGCUGAGGGUUCUGGAACUUGCCUCGCAGUAUUUCUUCCUACGCUGGUCAUGGGAAACUUUAUGGUGCUAAACUUGUUCUUGGCUUUGCUGCUCAACAGCUUCAACUCAGAAGAACUUAAAACAAGGAAAGAGGAAGUCGGCGACGAGUCCAAGUUAACUCAGAGCUUUCAGCGGAUCAGAGACCUUGUAAGGAAAAGGCGGAUGGCAGAACAGAGGGAAAACGAAAACAACUCCAGGUUGGAACAGAUCGUUAGGGAAGUUAUGCAAAGGCACGCCGAAGAGGAAGCAUUAAGAGCAGCUGAGAAAGCUUCAAACCCAGCCCAGCAAACGAUCGUCGGAUUCCCGAGAGACAAGCGAAGUUAUCAAGAAGCGAUGAAUAGACCCAUUUCCAUAAUAAGCUACGAUCCACCGGAAUAUCAGGAAAAGGAUCCAGACGGCGACAGGAGCAACAGAACUUCAAAGCUAUAUACCAGUGUAACAUCAGAAGAAGGCAGCACACCAGGAAGCACAAAAAAGAGAAGGCGAGAUCCUAAGCUUUUGCAAAAUAUGUCUUCAGGAUUGGGAACAACAAAUAGUAGUAAAGAAGAAACCAGUCUCAUAAAUCCAUGUAGCAACAACCAAUGCACUUCGGUCGACUCAGAAAGCGAAGCCAAUCGAACUCCUAAACAAAAAUCCUCGGAUAAUCCAUUAGAUGGUGGCGAUAAGCCCUGGCAAACUUUAGUGUCCUACGUAGACGAUUUAACUGUGGGUGGUAGGAGGAACUCCAAAGGAGAAUAUGUCGAUGGUAUGGGCAAUUUUCCGGGGUUUGGGAAAAAGAAACCGCCAAGAGUGCCCCCAGAUUGUUUCCCAACUAAUUUUUACGAAAAGUGUGUAUGUUUGAACAAAUGCGCCAAUUCGAAAAUUGGCAAAAAAUGGACGAGUCUUAGACAAUACGUGUUAAGCAUUGUGGACACUGCAGCAUUCGAAUGGUUUAUUUUAGUGUUAAUUUUCGCCUCCAGUGUUACACUUUGCUUUGAAGAUAUCCAUUUAGAUGAAAAUCCAGACUUAAAAAGCGUUUUAUAUUGGACAAACCUUGCGUUUUCCGUUAUUUUUAUUAUCGAAAUGUUCCUUAAAUGGAUUGCCUUGGGUUUCCAUAAGUAUUUUACUAGCUUUUGGACGUUGUUAGAUUUUUUAAUAGUUUUUGUAUCGUUAUUUAGCUUAUUAAUUGAAGAAAACGAAAAUUUAAAAGUACUUCGAUCAUUACGAACAUUAAGAGCAUUAAGACCUUUAAGAGCCAUUAGUAGAUGGCAAGGAAUGAGGAUCGUUGUAAAUGCCUUAAUGUAUGCCAUUCCGAGUAUCUUUAAUGUAUUGUUGGUCUGUUUAGUAUUUUGGUUGAUUUUUUCUAUAAUGGGUGUACAGUUUUUCAGUGGAAAAUUUUAUAAAUGUGUUGACGAGGAAGGAGAACGAUUGGACGUAACGAUUGUUAAUACAAAAUGGGAUUGUCUAACACAAAAUUUUACAUGGAUCAAUUCCAAAAUAUCCUUCGAUCAUGUUGGGAUAGCUUACUUGGCUUUAUUUCAAGUGGCUACAUUCGAAGGAUGGAUGGAAGUGAUGGCGGAUGCAGUAGAUGCCCGAGGAGUUGAUCUUCAGCCCCAACGUGAAGCCAAUCUAUACUCCUACAUUUAUUUUGUAAUUUUUAUUGUAUGUGGAUCGUUUUUUACACUUAACUUAUUUAUAGGAGUUAUUAUCGACAAUUUUAAUAUGCUCAAGAAAAAGUACGAAGGCGGUGUCCUGGAAAUGUUUCUCACAGAAAGUCAAAAGCAUUACUACACGGCCAUGAAGAAAUUAGGACGAAAAAAGCCGCAAAAAGUAAUAAAACGGCCAAUGAACCAGUGCUUGGCCAUGUUUUACGAUUUAUCUAAUUCUCGCCGGUUCGAGAUAGCAAUAUUUGUGUUAAUUUUUUUAAAUAUGCUUAGUAUGGGCAUUGAACAUUAUGGUCAGCCGCAUGCUGUGUUCUUUGUUUUAGAAGUUAGCAAUGCGUUUUUUACAACAGUUUUUGGAUUGGAAGCAAUUGUGAAAAUAAUAGGUUUAAGGUACCACUACUUUACCGUUCCAUGGAAUGUUUUCGAUUUUUUAUUAGUUCUGGCUUCCAUUCUUGGCAUUCUCAUGGAAGAUAUAAUGAUAGACUUCCCCGUCUCUCCAACUCUUCUUAGGGUAGUUAGAGUUUUUAGGAUAGGAAGAAUUUUACGAUUGAUUAAAGCUGCCAAAGGUAUAAGAAAGCUCCUCUUCGCUCUGAUAGUAUCCCUUCCCGCCUUGUUUAACAUAGGAGCUCUUCUUGCUCUUAUUACUUUUAUUUACGCCAUCAUCGGCAUGUUUCUUUUCGGCCAUGUACGCCAGCAGGGAGCGCUGGAUGAUAUGGUAAACUUCGAAACGUUUGGAAGAUCCAUGCAUCUGCUUUUUAGGCUGAUUACUUCAGCAGGGUGGAAUGAUGUAUUAGAAUCAUUAAUGAUCGAGUAUCCAGACUGUGAUCCACAUUUUAGAAAUCAGAGUAAUGGUGAUUGUGGUUAUCCACUACUAGCAAUAAUAUAUUUUACUAGUUUUAUUAUUAUAAAUUAUAUGAUAGUUAUUAACAUGUACAUUGCAAUUAUUCUUGAGAACUUUAACCAAGCUCAUCAGGAGGAAGAAAUCGGUAUCGUAGAAGACGAUCUGGAGAUGUUCUACAUUAGAUGGAGCAAAUACGAUCCUCACGCUACGCAGUUUAUACGCUUCUCCCAGCUGUCAGACUUCAUAGCGUCCUUGGACCCUCCGUUGGGCAUAUCAAAGCCGAAUACGGUGGCCUUAGUAAGUUUUAACUUACCGAUCGCAAAGGGCAAUAAAAUUCAUUGCCUGGAUAUUUUACACUCACUCGUGAAACACGUACUGGGACACGUCGAAGAGACUGAAAACUUCCGACAGUUGCAAGAGCAGAUGAGUAUCAAAUUCAAGAAGCAAUUCCCAACUAGAAAGGAACUUGAAAUCGUUUCGUCUACCAGGAUAUGGAAGAGGCAGGAUAAAGCGGCGAGGCUUAUACAGAAAACCUAUAAAGACUAUCAAAAGCGUAAAAAAGAACGAGAACGAGAACUGGAAGAUGAAACAACGCAAACAUCAUCACCGGGUACCGGUUGGCAAGGGCGCUUAUCGGCCUUUUUGCAUGUGCAUCGAGGGAGUCGCGCCUCCUCUCGCAAGUCCUCUAGGGCGUCCGACGCUAGUGAUCUCAGCGAGCUUGGCGGCCCUUGGCUGAAUUUACCGUUGCUGUUGCUCUCCAGCGCCACCAACAUGUCCCCCGAGGAGUUGGAUUUGACGCGCGACGCCGCCGAUGUUAGCAUCAAGGUUAGCGAAGCUACGCCAGAAUCCGGUACAACCCCAAUAACCCCCAUGCCCUUAUCACAGCCUCGUCGUAGAAGCAUAUACAGUUUUCCAUUCUUUCUGCGUCAUCAAGAUGCCGUAGAAAAGCCUGACGAAAAAACUUCUCCCCUUCUAGGUCAUAAAGAAUUAAAAGCCUCCCAAACGCUUCAUCCUGUUGCUGCCGAAGAACCGAAACCAAAAAGAGGUAGCGUGAUUCGCAGAAAAAGGGCUGGUUCGGUGAAAUCUCGACCGACCUCUAUGACUGGUGGAUGCCAGAGAACUCAGUCCGAAAAGUGUACGAGUUUCAGCACGGAUGUAAGUAUCCUGGUGACGGAAGCCUCCCCGGAAAGCCACCUAAUAAGACCACCCCUAAAUAGACAGAAUAGUGAGUCAACAGUAGUACAAGUAUUGGUGCAUAGAGAAAGUGAAGAAUACAAUAAUGACGAUGAAGCAGACAGUUGCUGUCCCAUGAUAGCAGAAGACACCAAUCCAUCUGAGAACGAGAACGAACUGACUGAUAUAGUUGUAGACUUAAACGAUGAAGAAUCGUGCAGCUGAUCUUUGCUGAACGAACACGAGAGGUCGGAAAAUUAAUAGUUGAAAAUAAAUUAUCUUAAAUUUGAUAAAGCAACUUGAUACUCAUGUAUACUGCCAAGCAUAAGUUAGGGGUAUUGAAAAUUAUACUCAUUUUCAUAGUUGCUUUUUUGGUGAACAGAUUAACGGAUUCCGCUAACUUUUUUUAUUAUUUUAGAUUUUUCUUUAGUAUUUACAGUUUACUCAAAAUUCUUUUUUGUACUUAUACCGGGUGGAAGAAAAGAAAUGUUUUCUUAUGUUAAGUUUGAGACACCCUGUAGGGACGAUGAAGUACAAAUGUGAGUAUACGUCGGAAUCGUAUUGUAGUCUUAUGUUUUGUGAACAUUUUGUUUUUUGAAUGUCGCUGAUAUUAGUCUAGGCGCCAAAUAGAGGUCACCGUGUCCUUUUCAAUUCUGAUGGACAAACUCAACGGUUUCUUAUGGAUUUUUGGCUGCUGAUUACGAAUUUCGAGGGUGGAUUUCGAUCCGAGUGGUCAAAAAAUUAUUAUAAACAAUUUAAUUGUUUAUAAGGCUCUG